AUGCCAGAAAAUAAAAAAGCAUUGAAAAUAACACAUGUGAUAUUUGAUUUGGAUGGAUUAUUAAUUGAUACAGAGCCAACAUAUACGGAAUCGCAUACAUUUGCAAUGAAACAUUAUGGGAAAAAUUUUACACUUGAUUUAAAAUCCAUUACAAUGGGUAUGACACAUGAUCCAGCGAUUAAAAUGCUACUUGAUAAGGUUGGCUUAACUGAUAAAGUGACCGUAAAAGAGUAUGAUAAUUUUUAUCAUCCAAUACUUCUCGAGAAAUUACCACAAUGUCCAAAAAAUGCCUGGAGCAUUACGAUUAGUGCGACAUUUUCAUUCUCACAAUAUACCGAUGGCAAUAUGUUCUGGUUCAAGUAG